AUGGGGUCGAGCAGCAGUGAUGGAACUAAUCAAUCUCCAAACAGCACAGCUAAUGUUGCUGAGUUUGUUCUACAAGGUUUUCAAGGACUCCCUUCUCAGUAUUAUGGAUUUGUAGGAACCUUGUUUUUCAUUCUAUACCUUGUGCUUGCAACUGGGAAUAUUUUCAUCAUUCUCUUUGUGGUGUUUGAGAAAAGCAUUCAAAAACCCACCUACCUUAUCUUCUGUAACCUCGCAAUAGCAGAUCUGCUACUUGGAAGUGCAACCUUCCCAAGAAUGAUUGCAAAGUUCUGGAUGGCUGACAAAAUAUUAUCAUUUAAUGCCUGCUUUUUACAGAUGUAUUUUAUCCAUUUUCUAGGGGCUACAAUUUCAUUUCUCAUGGCAUUCAUGGCACUUGAUCGAUUCAUAGCUAUAUGCAAUCCUCUUCGAUAUAAUUCGCUGAUUAAAAAUUCAAUCAUUACAAUUAUAUGUGCAUGUAUUUGGACAGCAAAUAUGCUGCAGUUACUCGGAGUUACUCUCCAUGCUCUCACUGUGACUUACUGUGGGUCAAACAUCAUAUCCCAUUGCUACUGUGAUUAUGUUGCUAUAUCCAAACUAGCAUGUGGAGAUACAACUUACAUAAAAAACAUUAGUACAUCAAUUGCCAUGUUUGUGCUGUGGGGUCCUUUAUCUUUCAUCAUAUUUUCUUACAUCUCAAUCAUCAUUUCUGUCUUGAAAAUCUCCAGUGCUGAGGGACGUUACAAAGCAUUUAACACGUGCACCCCACAGUUACUGAUCAUAUGUCUGUAUUAUAUACCCAGAACUUUUGUGUAUAUAUCAAACAUUAUUGGCUUUGAAUAUAGUACUGAUAUCCGUAUAGUGGUUUCAAUGUUGUACACUCUCUUACCUGUUGUUAUCAACCCAUUCAUUUACUGCUUUAAGACUAAAGAGAUCAAAAAUGCAAUAAUUCAAAGAUGGAAGCAAAUAGUUAAAGGCAAAGUCGGUCUUGGUUAA